GGUGAGUUUCAAAUAACUGUUGUAAAACUGACAAUAUCCUGAAAACAUCUGAUCUGUUUUGAAAGUACAGUGGUUAAAAUGGACAUGUUUCUGUGUGUGUUUAAUAUGUGUAUUAUUCUGAAGAACAAAAAAUUAAUCUGAAGAUUUCACACACUGAGAGAUUUUUUCACACACAGUGUUCCAGGGCCUGACUUCCAGCACACAGACUGUGGAGCCAACUAUGUUAGUUCCAAAGAGCGUAACAAACCAUUCUGCUAUUAUUCACCCUCCAGGUUUCUACAUCAUUGGAUUUAAAAGUUUUUCCUACAUCAGUGCCUACAUCUUCUUCCUGGUGUUUGUCUAUCUGGUUACAGUUGUCUUUAAUGGUUUACUCAUGUACAUAAUUGCCAUGGACAACAAACUACACACUCCUAAAUUUCUGGCUGUGGUCAACCUGGCAGUGAUUGAUGCCUUGUUGAACACAAGCACAAUCCCUGGUAUGGUUAAGACUUUUGUCCUAAAUGAUAAUUUUGUUCCUUUCAACCUGUGUCUUGUACAAAUGUUUAUUCACUACUCAUGUAUAUGUUUGGAGUCUUAUGCACUUGCUAUACUGGCCUACGAUCGGGUGAUUGCGAUAUCUUUCCCUUUUCGCCAGAAUGUUCUUAACACACGGCCAAUCAUGUUUACUAUUAUAGGUUUAACCUGGUGUUACAGUGUGGGCUUGUUAGCAUACAGCACCAUAAUCAUGACUCGCCUGUCUUUCUGCAGGUCUGUCACAGUGUUCAGUUAUUUCUGUGACUAUGCACCAGUGUUCAGACUGGCCUGUAACGACUACUCUUUACACUGGGCUGUAGCUACAGUGUCGCUAGUAAAUCUUAUAGCUCCCUUUAUUUUUAUUGUCUUCUCCUAUGUCACCAUCAUUAUGACUGUGUUCAGGAUGAAGUCAGUCACCAGCAGGAUGAAGGCUCUCACUACAUGCAUUGAACAUCUUAUCCUUGUUACUAUAUUUUAUUUUCCUUUAUUUAUAAUUUACUUUGUUGGGCUGCUUAUUAAAAGUGUAAAUCCAGACCAGCGUGUGCUGAGUUUGUCCCUGGCCACCUGCCUCCCUCCCUGCAUUAAUCCAAUUGUAUAUUCACUGAAAACAAAAGAGAUUCGAACCAGAGCCGUGCAAAUGGUCAGAAAGCUGAAAAUAAACCCUUAAUAACUCACACAGUGAGGGGUUCAUAACUAACCCCUCACCGCCCCCACACCAUCUAAAUCUUACUCUUAACCCCAAUCUCCAUUUAGUACUGUACAUUUAUGAAGACAUUUAUGAAGACAUGG